AUACCUAAAUACGGGGAAAACAGUGGAUCAAUGGAGUGUGAAGAGAGAGAGAGAAGGGAAGGUUUGCAGGUCUGGACUUUGUGGGAGCAUCUGUUGGUAGGGAAUUCCAAAGUCUGGAUGUCCUAGCUAGUACAAUAGUGCGGUCGUAUCAGGGCGUUCUAGACGUCCGAAGCUUCAUUGUAUUACGAUGAGAAUCACUUGGUUUGGCGAGUACUUCUGAUAGGUUUCUCAAGCCUAAGUGUAAGAUUGGUCUUAACGCGCCUAUGCAACAGAGGAACCAAUUCUUUGUCUUGAAUGCUGAAACGUCAUUCUCUACAAUCUUACAUGAUUUAUCAGUUGGAGCAUAGUCACCAUAAACUUUCACAAGAUUAGUUCUUGUUUCAGUGGCUACAAAUAUUUCUCUAGGGUUUUUUGAUUAUCCUAGAAAGAUUGCUUUUACAAAAGUUUUCCUGGAUUCAAAAUAAUAAGCUAUGUACAUCAUAUUUCUAUUGAAAAAUGUUUUGCUGGAUUGAUUCUGAUAUGUGAUAUUUCUCAUCUUCUGCAUUAUUCUACGUAUUGUCUUUGUUGCGUUAUAUUUUGAUAGCUUGAAUGUCCUUAAUGAUAGACGAAGUGUCAAACUAUUGUCAAUCGUUUGUUGAUCUUUUCCAAUUGAUAUGGAAUCCGCAAAAGAAGCGGUAACACCAGGGCAAGCAAAUAUACCAAAUCCUGUUCCAUUAGACAGACAAUUUCGUAUCUCUUCCUCUGGUAUAUUCAAAAAAACUCAGUUGUUCGACGAAAACCGUUGUCAAGCCUAUAUAGUACAGAUGAAUAAGGAAUGCUUGACUCACAAUUCAGACACUUACAAAAUACACAUCGCUCGAAUGAAAGGACUUAAGAUCAUAAAUAAAAUACUGAGAAAAGCGAACAAGGAACAUAUCUCCUUCCAGAACAUUGUUCAAAUAGUGUGGUGCACAUUGAGCUGCGUUCAUCAUUUUCAAAUCAGAUUGUGCCAGAGUAAGAAUCUACUCUCUUUCGGAAAAUGGCGACAAUCUCAGGAGGCCCUGGAAACAUUCGACAGACUGGUACAAACGUACCAGCAAAUGGACUACUUGAUCCUCAAGUCAAUCGUGAAGUUUUUCAAAGAAGCCAAGCUUUGGGGUAAUGAGUUCAUGAGUCAUGAUUUGCUGACUAGGUUCUUGGCUUUCACCUCGGAUAGAAGUGCUGUAAUUUACGAAUUACUCAGCGUUUGCGAGGAGUAUACCAACGCCAAUAACAUAACAGAAGCUAGAGAAUUACUUCGUAUCGUAGACAAAAUGUUCGAAGAUUACGAAUGGCGCAGUAUCAACCAAACGCUGCUAGAAAAACUUUUCCAAAUGUUCUUCUCUAGCAUUGGACCUAGCUGCGAGGAUGAAGAUAAUCUACUAAUCAUACAAAAAGGCUUGGAAGUAUGCCUCAGGCAUGUUUUAGAGAGCUUGCAUAACCAUGACUUGAUGAUAGCUAUUAGGCUACUCCUGGACUGGGUGAAGAAGGAGGAAGUGAACGAAUCAGUCCUGCUGGAAAUAGGCAGCAUGCUGGAGUACGCGGCCAUGAACUAUCACACAAAAUUGUACAAGGAUUCCAUACCGAACGACGUGAUCGACUCCCUGCUGCAGCUGAUAUCUUCCAAGAACAUGCUGCAGAGCCUGCUGGGAAACAGGGUGAUGCAUUAUCUGAUCGACCGAUGCAAUAACCGACUGAAAUUCGAUACGCCAAGGAUAUUCUAUGAAAAUUCGAAGUACAAUAUUGUGGUGAACACUUAUCACGAACAGGAUAAACAGUUUCUUCAGAAGCAUCGAGAAGCCUUUCACGCUUCACUACUCACUUCCAUAAUGACCCAUGGAAUGAGGCAGAUCAAUCUGGAGAGUUCCUAUACUCUGAUAGCAUUACUGAUGGUGGAAAUACCAUGUGCGUACACAGCAGCGGCCGGUGUUUGCUUGGCCAUGGCUAUACAGGAAGCCACUUUUGACAAUGACGAUUUCAACAUGAACCAAUCGCAUCGUCUUCACGCCAUGGUUAUGGCUAUAAUGUCCCUCGUUUGCUACAUCUUCAACGCCAAGGUAUUCUACGAGUAUAUAAACACAAUCAUCGACCGUCGUGCCGAGUUUGCACCUCACUUGAACCCGCCGCUGAAGAGGAUCUACGAAUACAAUCAACACCACGUCCAUUGGGACAAACCGGAGCUGUUUUUCGAAGACUGGGAAGCCCGAUACGGCCUGUGGAAAUGUUUCAAACAGGAUGAGAAGAAGAACUUCACAGCUUGAAUAAAAUAGUUGAUAGCAGCUCUGAUAACUGCUGGUCUCGAUUUUGAAAGGUAUUGAAGUAUUUAAAUGAAGUGAUGGAUACCAGCGCCGAAAUAUCAACGGCAUGG